ACAAAUUGGCGCCAUCUUGCGGGCUGCUCUAUUCAAGUUCGAAGUUUGGAGAGCGCCAAAAUUUUCGAAUCAUGUUGUUUCAAGACCUGAAUGGUAAUUACCAAUAUGGUGAAUCUAGCAGCAGUUCAACAAACCAAUGUCAUCAAACCUUGCCCUCCAUCUUUGAAGGCAGAUCCUUGCACAAUGUUUCAGAUAUCAGUUUAGAAUGUGAUGAAACAAUAGAUAACUGGGAGGAACUGGAAUCAUGCAUCUUCAGCAACAAAAGGAAUGAGAAAUUUCAUGUCUAUGAAGAAACUAGCCAAGAUGCUGUUGGUGAAAGUUUUGAGUUUUACAAUGAUUAUCCUCCACCAAACUCUCCUGCAAAAGGUGUUCAAGUUGACCAGCCAGUGUUACAACUACACAGUCAGUAUGUGAAUAGUCUUCUGAAAGUGUGGAGAGAUUCUCAGAAGAGAAAUUGUAGUACAGAGGAGUCUGGUGAAAACAGUGACGGAUACAGUCUGUCACCUGAUGAACUUCAAAGUUCUCAGGAGAGCAAUGAAUCAUCUCAAGACUGUGAAAUGGCAACUGAAAGUGAAACAAUUGAAGCCAUCUUGGCCAGUAAUACCAUUGUUCAGGAGCACAGUGAUAGUGCUCAAAUGGAGCAGUUGCACGGUCUACCAGAGUCUCAGAGUUCAUCUCGUUCAACUUCACCAACAGUGAUGGAGAUGCUUUCUCACUUCAGACAGAAUGUCAUGAACUUUCGAUCUAUAUCUCCAAUUGUUGUGAGGUCACCUACACCAGUCAGUUCAGGGUCAUCAUCACCAGGGUUUGUACGUUCUCCAUCUCCACUGGAGUUCCUGGAACAUAGCAUGUCAAGUUUGCCUAUUGAUGACUCCACAGAGCUUGUGUUCUAUGACAAUCGGUACAUUGUGCGCAGUUACAGUCCUGUGUCUUAUAGUCAAGGUGACCAUCAGGUACCAGAUGUUAAUAUGGACUUUCAGCAAACUGUAUCCGAUUCUGAAGAGUUUCCUUCUUUUAGAUCGUAUAGCCAUAUUAGAAUUCAGAACUCUUGUCAAGACCAGGUUGUUCCAGAUUAUAUUGAAGAGUGAAAAUCUUGGCUAGGAAGAUUGGAAUUCAGCUGGAUUAUUAAAUUCAAAAUACUAUGAAGACCUAACCAUUUGUUGACUGUUCUGGUGAAGGGCAAACAAGUUCUAGGAGAAAAAGUAAAUUUAGAGUGUGUCACAUUGUCUGUUGCAAGACAUUGAAGUUCAGCAGACCAUCAGUAUUUAAUAUUGAAAAGUUAUGGAUAGUUUCUAGCCAGAUAUCAAAUAUACUUUACAAAGCUGUUUAUGAAAAUGUGUUUCCACAAAUUUAAGACAAAAAUUAUUGAAAUAUCUAGUUUAAUUCAAACACUGUAAAUCUUUAACCAGAAACUAGGCUAUAUUAUAAAUCUUUGAUCUGAAGCGCUAGAUUUUUUAUUCACAGUUUCUGAUGUUUUUAAUGGACUGUUAUGUAAUGGUUGAAUAUAUUUGGGUUUGUAAACAAAACUUAACUUGUAUACAGAUUGUCCUCGAAUUGUCAAGCUUGUGUGUACUUGCUUAAAACAUAGGACUGUAUGAAGCAAUAAUGCUGUUAAUGUUAUAUCUGAAAAAGUUGUUAUUUUGUUGACAGAAUUUUUAUGAUCAUGUUACUUGUUAAUUUUAUACAACUUGUUAUUGUUCAAGUUUAGCUAGAGAUAAUUUUUAACCUUCCAUUGUUCAGUGUAGGUGCUGCAAACUAGUCAGUUGAGUAUUAAUGUUUCAGAUGUACAGUUUUAGGUUAUGGAUGUCUAUUUAAUUCAAAAUACAAAAACAAAAAAUAGUAAGUAUAUAAAUUGUCACCAUUUAAGAAAAUCUUGAAAGUCAGUUUUGGUCACGUUUUGAGGAAUGCAAAUAAGUAAGACCUCACCAAAAUAAAAAGUUGUACAUUGGUUCUGUGGCUUAUAUAUUUUCCGAAAGACAAAGAUCUUUUUUGUUUUUAAUUGCACUUGCAACACUGAAAAAAAAAAUUGUUUAAAAUUUGUCAAUUUUCUACAUUUUUAUGAAUUCUUAGAGUGUAAAAAUGAUCAGUUGUCUUAAAAUGGACUUUAGUCAUGUUAAAAAAUAACUCGUACACAAAUUGACUAUGAACAUGCAUCAUGUAUUUGUAGUUGUAUAAUUAUAGUCACUUCCCAAUAUUCAGUUCACAUCAUUUUCCAAGCAAGUUGUCACCAUAUUAGGACUGGUAUCCUUGAAAUACUAAUGAAUAAAGUUAUAACUUUAAUCUACAUUAUAUGGUCAAGGGGAAAGAAAUCUUUUCAGUUUGCAUUCUUUUACCACUAUUCUUUUCACUGUUUUGUGAUUUUAUCCUAUUCUGUAUCCAUGAUGAAUUAUUGUUAAGGUAAAGGGUUGUACUUUCUAUUACAGCUUUUGCUUUCGUUCAACUAGUGCCAAAACAAGAAAAAUACAUUUCUGCACUCUUGACCUGUACUUGUUUUCCUUUAAAAACAGACAAAAUGCCAAUCAACUGAUAUAUGCCAUGAAUUUGGGAAACUGGAUGAAGGGGCUACACUGCUGGAUAAUUCAAUGCCUUUAAAAACUCACAAUUUGCAAACAACUGUAACAUAAAUUAUGUCCAUUUAGAUGCAUUUCUAUUAUUCCUUCAGUUUAUAGAGAUUUGUUUAGUCCAAGCAGUUGAAUAUUGUUGUACAUGCAGAUAGAAGUUAAUUGAUUUUACAUUACUUUUGGUGUACAAAUGACACAACUGAUUCAGUAGCAUCACACUGACAAUAGACCGGCAAUAUUGUUGUUGUUGUUGUUGUUGUUUUUUUCAAUUUAGAAAACAGAUUGUUAUAGCAAUACAAUGGAUUUUAUGUCUAGAGUUUUGCUUGUUCAUUUCAAUUGUUGAUAAUCUCAGGUACUUGUUUUUUCUUUUAUUUCAAUUUGGACUACUUUUACAGUUUGUUGUUAAUUGUUUGAUAUUAUCAUGACUAGAUUUUAAAUUAGUACUGCAUUACAUGCGUUUUAAAAUGUUAAAUUGACUUGUGUAUGAAUUUUGUAUGUUAGAUUACAUGUAUGUUCAAUUGACUUGUGUAUGGAUUUUGUAUGUCUGAUUACAUGUAUUUAAUGUUGAUUAAUUUUACAUUAAACCAUAUAUUGUAUAACUACUGGUUGGGAACCAGAUUCCAGACAGCCCUACUUUCAGGACAAGUAAAAUCACCAAUUCAUUUUGUCACUCUUAUUGAAAUUCUUUUAUCCAAAUUACAAAUCUUCAUCAGUCUUGGUCUGUAGAAUCGUUAUAAAGUCUUAUCCCAAAUUUGCUUAAAUGGGGACGUUUGGCCCCUUUUAGGGGCCACUACAGCUAAAACUAGAAAAACCUUUGACUUCUUCACAUGGACCCCUAGAUGGAUCUUCAAACUUGCUCUUUAGCAACAUUACAAGAGGCUGAAGUGAGGGCGCUUGCAAAAAAUGCUAAAAAUAGAAAUGCAUUAAACAGCUUCCUCUCACGAGCCACUUUAUGUAUCUUUAUCAAACUUGAUCUGUAGCAUCAACAUAAGGUCCCCACCCAAUUUUGUUCAAAAUGGGAGUGCAUGGCCCCUUUUAGGGUCAGCUAGAGCUGAGAAUAGAAAUACCUAUAAACAGCUUCUUCAAAUGAACGGCUAGAUGAGUCUUCACCAAACUUGGUCUGUAUGAUCAUUGAAAGGUCUAUCUUUCAAAUUUGUUCAUAUGGGAGCACCUGGCCCCCUUUUAGGGGCCACUUGAACUAAUUAUCAGAAUACCAUUAUGUAACUCACAAACUGCUGGAUGCAGAUAACCAUUAUAAAAAGACCUUCCAAAACACCCUCAUCCAGUCUGUAUUUUUUCCACCAAAUUUUGUACGGCCUUAGAAGCAUAUCGUGUUUGGACCAUUUCGUCAUUGUUACAGCCUCUGGAACUUUUAACAACUGGAGCAUAUUAUGGUCCUCCUCCAAAGUUGCACACUCUUGAGCAUGUUAAAGCCCUGAAAUAUUCGCGAGUGAUCUAUGGCCAUCAUGGCCCUCUUGUUUCUUUCUCAGAAUACCUCGGUCAUCCUCGAUUUUCUUACCGAACACUGCUCUACCCUACAGAGAAAGUUAUCUUUAUGGCCAGUAGGUUAAGGUCGCCUGCUUGAAAUCACUUGCCCCUCAUCGUUGUAGUUUGGGUCUCAUUUAGUCUCAGAAUUCUCCAUGUGAGAAAGCCAUCCAGUUGGCUUAAAGAUUGGUGGUUCCAACCAGGUGCCUUACCGUGAUGAAAUGACACCUUGAGGGGCACCUGGGGUCUUCCUCAAUGAAAUGCUCGAAAAUUGCCAUAUAAACUAUAACUGUGUCAGUGUGACAUUUAACACAACAACUUUUAUGACCACUUUGCUGCCCCUAAGAAAACUAAAUUUUACAUCACUUGAUUGCAGUGAUGUUUUCUAUUGUAAUACAAGCUGAACUUUAUUUAGUUUCAAUUAUGUCUAAUGAUGUCUAGAAUUUGUUCCCAACCAGAAGGUAUGUCAUUGAUUGAAAAUUUUGUGUCAAAAUUACGUAUUAACUCACAAAUACCAACAAAUAUAUCAAUAUAGGCACAAGACUCUUACAUAUAGAACAAAAUUUAAUGGCAAAAGAAAUAAUUCUGUUCAGACUAAUUUCAAGAUCUGAUAAUAAUACUGGUCCUUGAAAUUUUUGAAAGUACAAAAAAAAUUAAGUAAAGACAUGUAGUUGUUUGAUUAGUUCAAUAUUCACAAACCAGUUUCAGCAUUAAAUAAUAGUAUUUAUUACAUACUAAUUUAUUAACUCUAUUACAGAAGAACCUGAUACAUCAAUAUUUUUUCCAUAUUGAUGUUCGAAUUUCAUAUCGGGGGAUGUGUGGUGUCAGUUUCAUGUAUGUCAUUGCGUUUAAACGUUCUUUAACAACAAUAUUUUCAGUUUUACUCAGGCUAAAGAACAAAUAUCAUUUAUAUAAUAAUUAUAUGUGUUGUUUGUGUAUGUAAUAAAAAGAUUAUAAGAUUUGCAUCGAGAAAUAUACAAGAAUUCUGCAGCAAAAUGGUAGUGUUCCCUAAAGUCACACAAUAUUUCCGCUGCAGAACUCGUGCAUAUUUCUCGGUACAAAUCUAAUAACCUAUAAGUAUUAAAAUAAUACAUCAUUUUAAAUAACUAGAGGGUUGGUAAUAGAAAAUAGUCUUUAAUUCAUGGUAAGAAAUAAUUUUGGAUAGAGUUUCCAUUAUAAAUUUUGGCAAGUACAAUUAAAAUUUUGAAAAAUCGUAAUUUUGACUUCAUGAAUCUGUUUAUGAAACUCAUAAAAAACAACAUAAAUGUAACAGUUUGAAAACAAUUUUUAUAUAAUAUAUGAAGAUGAAUAUUAUCCAGAGAUUUCCAUAUAUUUACAUUUUCCCCAUUUGUUCUGUUGAAAAUUAUGUUGUUCAUUUUGUAUGAGCCCUAAUGGAAAGGUGCCAAAUUUGCAAUAAUGAUGCUUAGUGAUAAAGUGCCACUGUACUGGCUAGCAUCCUACAACCGGACACUUUUGUGAUAUUUUUCAAGAUAACUCGGGUGGGAAAUAGAUGUAUCUAAUGGUUGAAAUUUCACGUAAAACAAAGCUAUGUUCUCCUCCCAAAAAAAGAGUAAUUUUGUUUGUACUUUUUCGAGGCCCGAACGAAAAGGCCACCGAAUCAUGUUGUUUUAAGGUCUAACAGUACCAUGUUUCCGGACCAUAUAUGGACAGCGAGUACAGUGUAUGAGUCAUAGAACUGUAUGAAUGACCUCUCUUGAAAGGAUGAAUUGAUUGUAUCUCUCCCGGCCAAAUCUUUUAAAAUUUCAUUUUUCGAAGUGGAUAUUUUGAUAUGAAAAUCUGUUUUAGGGUGUAUUGAAAUCAUGAACAAAAUUAUCAAAGUUGUAUUUCUCGGUUUAAGUGUUUACUAAAUGUCUCGUCUGCUUACCUCAAAUUUUCAUGGGGCCUUUAGAUUUAAUGGCGGGACCUUAUGGAAUUACUGCACAUGCGCAUCAUGCCACUUCCGACUUCCCCGACAUGUAAACAUGCUUCGUGAGUGCGGAUGAAAUGAGAUGUAGCAUUUAUAGUAAAAUACUUAAAUUUAACCGUUGUAACUUCACUGUGUUGUUGAAAAAUCAAGCGUCCAUUUGAUUGUAAACAGAUGAACAAGGUUAAAGACCGAAAUAAAGCAUUUACGGGACUGUCUGGUUUUGGUGGGCACUAGCCAGUAGUUCAUACGGAAUGAACCACAUAAUAUAAUCAGCAAACUAAACAUAAAUUGCUAGCGCGAUUUAUGAAUUUGCCAGUCGUAUUCUGUCAUUCAUUUUGCAUGAACUCCAAAAGAAAAAUCCAUAUCUUUAAAGUUGAAUAUUUUGCAUAUAAAAUUAGAACAAAUUCAUGUUUAUUCUCAGCUGUGUUAUAAUGAACCACUUGAGCUAUUUUCUGUUGUCUAUUAGGUUACUGUACUUAUAUGUCUUUCUGUACAUCUAGCAGCAUAUUGUUUUAUCAUGAUAGAUUUUAAUCAUUGAUGAUCUAGUUUACACUGUUUAUUUUUGUCCAUGUUAUAAACUAUUAAAUGACUUUUUUUUUCAAAGUUUUGG